CCCUCCUUGAAACACUUGAGUCUAUACCCUAUCUUAAUUUCUAUGGAAAUUGUAUAGAGAAAGACAAUGGCGAAGAUGACGAUGAUGAAAUGGGCCUUACCAAUAUCCGCUGAUUCUACUCCCCACACUUCUGUUCUUAUACCAAUCCCAGUCCCAGCAAUACCUUCCUCUUCUUCUUUAUGCACAACGAAAUCAAGAAGAGACUUCUCUCUUUCCGCAAUCACCAUAUCUUUCUCUGCUCUACUAUUCUCAAACCCCCAGAUUCCCAACUCCUUGGCCAAACCCGAGCCGCAGCGGUUCGCAGAGCUCCCGAAUUCCGGCGGCGUUAAGGCCUUAGAUCUCCGCAUUGGCGACGGGGAAGUUCCCUUUGAUGGCGAUGAGGUUGCAAUUCAUUACUAUGGGAGACUUGCUGCAAAACAAGGAUGGCGUUUUGACUCUACUUACGAUCACAAAGACGAAACUGGUGAACCAGUUCCAUUUUGUUUCGUCCUUGGUUCAGGCAAAGUUAUAGCAGGAAUUGAAAGUGCUGUGAAAUCAAUGAAAGUAGGUGGUGUUCGUCGAGUUGUUAUUCCACCAUCUCAAGGAUACCAGAAUACCUCCCAAGAACCUAUACCACCCAAUUUUUUUGAUAGGCAGAGGCUCUUUACAACAAUCUUCAAUCCAACCCGUCUUGCCAACGGAGAGGGCUCAACAUUGGGUACUCUCAUAUUUGAUAUUGAAUUGGUCAGCUCGAGACGCCAGUAAUAUUCAAUCACUGCUGCGAGUUUCCUUUUUUGUGUUCCAUACGUAUACUCACCUUGCAAAUAUCAAUCCCACUGGAAGGUACAUCGAUCUUUCUUCUAUGGUUUUGAGAUAUAACAAUGCCAUUUAAAGUAAUUUUGACCUGUUGGUAGGCUUUAACUAACUUAUACUGCUCAAGUUGCCAAAUCACUGAAAACAAUGACAGUUUGGUCAUUAUCUUUAUUUUGUGUUUGUAUAUAAUUAAGUGAAGAUAUAUGAUCAGUUUUUGAGUUGUGAAAACAGUGGAGAUUCAUUGGUCUAUGGAGGCUACUUCCCUUUGUUUA